AAGGCGGAGGUUGCAGUGAGCCGAGAUCACACACCACUGCACUCCAGCCUGGUGACAGAGCAAGAUGCCAUCUCAAAAAUAAAGACAAAAAUAAAAUAGUCUUCCUGUAUCAUAGAAUCAUAAACUCUCUAGCUAGAGAAACUCCUCUACGAUCACAUGAUCCAAACUUCUUACUGUAUAGAUGAGGGAUCUAAGGUCCAGAGAAAUUAAAAGAAUACGUGGCCAAAUCAAGGUCAUAAUAUGAACAUCAUUACCCUUCUCAAAAACCUUCAGAUAAAUUCCAAACUCCUUAGCACGGCAUUCAAAGCUCUUUACAACCUGACCUCAACCCACCUAUUCAAUCUCAUCUCUCUCUCAUAUCCCCUACAAGCCCUUGGUUCCAAUCUGUUUUCUUCCUAUCCUCUGAACUUAUGCUACUUGGCCUCAUUCUGUUCUUUUUCUGGAGUGUCCUUCCACCUUCCUCUCCAAUCUUUGCAGGUUUGCAACACUCACUUGUUCAGAAAGCCUUCCCUGGCUUAGCCCGUGGGGCAGCUCUCAUAGCUCUGAACUCUCAAAGCCUUCAUGGUCCAUGACACUUGUUGGCUGAUGUUAUUGCGAAAGUUUCCCAUUCACAAUAAUUGCACCUCAGAUAAACCUCAUUGGCUACAAUAACACCAUUGCGCACAACCAGCCGGUAUUAUGUUACAUGCAUUCCCAACAUUGUGAUUUACAUGAUUUUCUAUCUUAUUACCUCUCACCCCAUCUAGACUGCAACCUCCUUAAAGGCAAGAGAUUGUACUUUAUAUUUCUCCACAGCCCCCAACUGCACCUAACCUGUGACUGUGAGCAUUUACUGAGCACCUAUAAUGUCUCAGGGCCCUAGGGGAGUCACAAAAGAUGAGGACAUAUGAAGACUACAGCUGCAGCAAGACAGCGUCACCUCACCUGUUCUCGCCCUCGAAUGGGAACGCUGGCCUGGGACUAAAUCAUAGACCGCCAGGCUGAGUACCCUGACCUGAGUCAUCCCCAGCAAUCAAGAGCCUCCAACAGGGAACCUUCCAUUACACUCUUCAAGCAACGUACAGCUGCACCAACAGUUGCAAUGAAAGUUCUAAUCUCUUCCCUCCUCCUGUUGCUGCCACUAAUGCUGAUGUCCAUGGUCUCUAGCAGCCUGAAUCCAGGGGUCGCCAGAGGCCAUAGGGACCGAGGCCAGGCUUCUAGGAGAUGGCUCCAGGAAGGCGGCCAAGAAUGUGAGUGCAAAGAUUGGUUCCUGAGAGCCCCGAGAAGAAAACUCAUGACAGUGUCUGGGCUGCCAAAGAAGCAGUGCCCCUGUGAUCAUUUCAAGGGCAAUGUGAAGAAAACAAGACCCCAAAGGCACCACAGAAAGCCAAACAAGCAUUCCAGAGCCUGCCAGCAAUUUCUCAAACAAUGUCAGCUAAGAAGCUUUGCUCUGCCUUUGUAGGAGCUCUGAGCGUCCACUCUUCCAAUUAAACAUUCUCAGCCAAGAAGACAGUGGGCACACCUACCAGACACUCUUCUUCUCCCACCUCACUCUCCCACUGUACCCACCCCUAAAUCAUUCCAGUGCUCUCAAAAAGCAUGUUUCUCAAGAUCAUUUUGAUUGUUGCUCUCUCUAGUGCCUUCUUCUCUCCUCAGUCUUAUCCUGUGCCCUCCCCUUACCCAGGCUUAGGCUUAAUUAUCUGAAAGAUUCCAGGAAACUGUAGCUUCCUAGCUGGUGUCAUUUACCCUUAAAUACAAUCAGGAAAGUAGCAAACAGAAGUCAAUAAAUAUUUUUAAAUGUAACAGAUCAAAUUGUUUCCUUCAAAUGGGGUCUGCCAAUUCACAUCCAGAUGACACAUUUUACCCUAUUCACUGUAGACUGAAUCCAGAUUCUACACAUACUUAUCCCCACCAAGACCCUCACUCUGUCUCCAUUGGCCUACUUGUUUAUCUUUCACUCAUUCGACUAAUCUUUCUGAGGUAAGAGCUAGGUGGGACAAAAAAAAAAAUGUAUACCAAUGAACCAGACAUGAUCUUAUUAAAGAUAAUAUAGGUUUAAAAAAAAGAAAAAAACUUGGCACAGUUUCUUAGCACUUAGGCAGCCUUUGGUAUUUAUAACUACUAUCAUCACCGUUACCACUAUCAUUGUCAGU